CACGCAAUCAGUAUAGUGCCUCAUAAAACAAGGGCAAAAUUCCUCUUCAGGUCUUCACAAACAAAAAGCCUCGAUUAGGAAAUCACGGGUUCAACUCCCGCGUAUUCACUCAGAGGACAAACCAGAGCUUUUUUAACAUGCACCCGCCAGCCAAGGAAAAAAAAAAGAAAAUCCCCGCAUAUCACUUCAAAAUUUUCUUAUUUCUGAGCAAAUCCGCUAAUUAUUUUCUUCGAUCUGUACACUCGUAUCCCCGGCCGUGGACAUCGCGGGCAAAUUCACUCAAAAUUUGAGCUUGUUUCACUGCUAGGGUUUUCGAAGAAGAUCAAGCCUCUGUUGCUAAUUGAUGGAGCCGUGAGGGUUUGUACAAGAAUACAUGGAACGGGAUUUUAGUGUGUUUUUGGGGACUGCAUAACAUCAGUGAAAACAAAAUCCUGUACCCAACCCUGGGUUUGAACACGUGGUCAAUGCAGAAAAAGGUUCCAUGGGCGGAGGUGUCGGUGGUGGGGUGGGUAUAGAUAGUGAACCCUCUCCACGCCGUGCAGCCAUCGAGAAGGCUCAAGCAGAGCUCAGGCUGGAGUUUGUUGUUCGUGAAGAACGUAGAAGGGAGCUAGAGUUUUUGGAGAAGGGAGGGAAUCCCCUGGAUUUUAAAUUUGGAGAGCCAACCUCUCGUUUUCUUUCGCCAUCACCAACGGAUCCACUGGCUGAGCAGUAUUUAUCAAGUCUUGGGACUGUCCUGUGCAGGGGAUUGAACACAGCAGACAAUUUUGCUGGUGAUACUGAAGUUGUUGAUGCUGAAAGAGGUGCUUUUUUGUGCGAUGGGAAAGUAAAUGUUGCACAGGAAGGACAGACAUCCCAUGUGGAGGGCAGCCGCACUGAAACUCAUAUAAAAGAAUCAGAAGACUCUGGAGGUGUUCGCAUGGGUGUGAAGGGCUAUGCAAGAAGAAACAGACCUAAAGGAAAUCGUCAUAUUGGACAUGCAUCAUUAAAGGACUCUGUAAAAUCUGGUAUCUGUGAUCAAUCGCCAACAUUGGCUGCUGGUAUCAAAGGCCUUGGGGAAGCCAAAGAUAUAGAGCCUGAGACGCUUGCAGACAAAACUUGUAAUGUUUUAUCAAAUAAUACUUCAAAGCCCACCUCACUCAAUCGGAAUGGAAUGCUUGAAACAUCUACACAGAAAAAACAUGUUGAAACUGAUUCAGAUGUGCCACUGAGGCAGGAAGCUUCUAGGGAUGAUGCAAAUGUCAAUCUUGAAGGAAGCCAUCCUGGCUGUAGGGAUGCUACAUGUUCUGAUAAAGUUGAAAAUCAUAAAUGUUCUUCAGAGGUUGAUGCUAACCAGGAUGCAGUUCCAAUAGAUAUUGUAACUUCAAUAGUGGGACAUGAUGAUGCAAAUCAAUGUUCAAGCCUAGUAAGUGAUACAGCGGAUACAGAUAAAAUUGUUCAGAAUGUUGUUAUUGCUGAACAGAGUCUUGAUAAAGGAACCCCUAGUUGUGUAAAUGAAAGUGAUAAGGGAGGGAAAGUUGAAAUAGAAUGUAAUAAUAAAGCUUCAUUUAAAACUGCAAUUGAUGUGGGUAAAUUUGACACCUUAGGAACCAUUUCGGCUCAUGUACAGGAGAAUCUUGGCUCUCAUGAAUGUGCUAAUGCUACAAAUGACAAAACUUUGAUGUCUGAGAGGAUGCCAGAGAGUAGAAGUAUCGACAAUAUAAAGGAAACUACUGAACCAAGUUGUACUGAUCUGCAUACGAGGAGAAGAAACUCCAAACCUGAUGACAAACAUUUAGGGACCUCAGAUGUUUUGGUCAAGACUGAAGAAGGUUUACUGGUUAGUACAUCAAUGCAAACUGAAGUUCCAAGGAUUGCAACUAAUCAGGAUGUAAAAGUAAGAAAUUCUUCACAGUUGUUGGAAAAUAAGGAAGAGAGGCAAAUUGGGGGUGUCAAUAGCGUUUUAAAAUUGGCUGUACAUCAACAGUCAAAGUCUUCAUCAGGAGUGAGUGUGCCAAGUAAAAAACACUCAGGAAUAAAUCUUUCUUUAGAGAAGGGGAAGAAUUCUGGCGGUAAUGCAGAAGCAGAAUGUCAUAAACCAACGCUUUCAGCUACAGCUAAGAAGACACAUGAAGAUCUCAUUUUGGAGUCAGCCAAACACCUCAAGGCUAGAUUGAAAAAGAAUGCAGAGUUGGCUAAAACAAAGCCUUUUCUGGAGCCUCCACGUAGAGACUCCCACUGGGAUUUUGUUCUUGCAGAGAUGGAGUGGUUGGCAAAUGAUUUUAUGCAGGAAAGGAGGUGGAAAUUGACUGCUGCUGCUCAGUUUAGUCAUGAAAUAGCUGAAAGGAUUGGACAUGAAGAAUAUCGGGAAGAGGAACUAUACAAGAAACAAAGGAAAGGGGCUCGUAAGAUAGCAACUUCUGUCAUUCAGUUCUGGCAGGCAGCUGAGGCAUUGAUAUGCUGCAGAAAUGAUGGGGCUUCUUUGAUGUCACAGAAGAAAAUGAGUAAUGAUGAAGCUGUUCAAAAGGAGAUUGAUGAAUCUGAUGUUAUAAUGCUGGAAUGUAACAAGGAACCUGAGGAUGAAAAGUCCUGUGAUGUAUCACCAUUGCAGCAAUAUGCCAUUCGAUAUCUGAAAUAUAUGAAAGAUAGUGAUAAUACAGUUCAAGCUGAGGCUCCAUCCACUCCUGAGCGAUUAUUGGAUGCUGGCAUUUUGGAACCAUCUUGGGAAGACCAAUUUCCAGAGGAAAGUCUAUUCUACACAAUUCCUUGUGGGGCAAUGGAACUAUAUCGCAAUUCUGUGGAAUCAUAUUGGGCAUCCCUUGAGGUUAAGGAGAGCAUGGAAGCCUGGACUGAUGCAGAUACUCAACCAGGUUUUUCUCCUCGAGAGCGAGCCUUUUGUGAAGAUGACGAAUUGAGAACACAAUAUUUACCAGGUGCUUUUGAGGGUAGCAAAGCUACCAAAGCUCGUAAGAGGAGAAAAAACUUGAUAAAGAUGCCAAAGACACAUGGUAGAAUUCCUUCAGGAGAAUCCCAUGGAUUUUCACUAGGGAACAUGGCAGAAACAAUUACAGGUAUCCCUUUAACAACAAUGAAUGGAAAGCGAACAGCAUCCUCUGCCAAUUUGAAUGCUGGUGCUCCUAUUCCAACUAAGCGCAUUCGUAGUUCAACGAUAGCUGCAAGACAACGUGCUGCAGGAUCUCUUAGUGGAGGAACAACUGGAGCAUCUGGUCAUGCAAACAAGACAGAUGUUUCUAGUGGAGAUACAAGCUCUCUGCAAGAGGAGUACAACACAUUAAUUGAAGGUUCUCAAUCUAGGAAAAGUAUGGAUAUUGACACUUGUGGGAAGUCUUUGCAUUCUGAUGGUGUAGAUAUUUCUCUCAAAACUAAAAAAAAGAAAAAGUCAAAGCUUUUUGGUAUGGGACCCUCUUCAACUGCCAUGGAUACUGCAGGGACUUUAGGUUUACCUGGAAAUGGCCUGGAAUAUGAACCUAAGUGGCAACAAGAUGUUACUUCUCAGCUUGAUCAGAGAGAACAAACAAAACGGAAACUUGAAACUCAAGUAUUUCUUCCAAGCACUGUUUUAGGGUCUUCCUUGGAUCAUCAAAUGACAAAUUCACAAGGAAUUGCUGGUCAAGCAGGUAUAAAGAAACUGAAACUUUCAAAGCAACUCUCAGAUAUGUCUCCACAGGCACCUGCAACUAUAUCAGCACCAUCUCCGGGUGCAUCUCAAAUGAGCAAUAUGUCCAAUUCUAGUAAGCCCAUUAAAAUCUCAACUAAUCGGGACAAAGGCAGGAAAAAUAAAACGCCAAAGGCUGCUGCCAAUCAGACAGGACAAGGCAUUGCGUGGUCGACAUUUGAAGAUCAGGCACUUGUUGUUUUGGUCCAUGAUGUUGGUCCUAAUUGGGAACUUGUGAGUGAUAUUAUAAAUUCCAGCUUGCAAAUAAAGUGCAUUUUUCGAAAACCAAAAGAUUGUAAAGAACGCCAUAAAAGUCUCAUGGAGAGGACCAGUGGAGAUGGUGGUGACAGUCCAGAGGAUUCUGGCUCUUCUCAGCCUUACCCUUCCACUUUACCUGGAAUUCCAAAGGGCAGUGCUAGAAUAUUGCUCCAACGCCUGCAAGGCCCAAUGGAAGAAGAAGCACUCAAGACACAUUUUGAGAAAAUUGUGCAGAUUGGGCAACAACAGCAUGUCCGGAAGAUUCAGAAUGAUAAUCAAGAACUGAAGCAACGUGCUCCAAUACAUCCUUCACAUCACAUGGCAAUUCAAAAUAUAGCUGGGACGUUUACGCCUUUAGAUCUAUGUGAUAAACCUUCAAGUACAGAAAUAUCACCACAAGCCUUUCCAACCCAGGGAGCACAUAAUAGUGGCAUGCUUAAUUCUUUAGGAACAGUUUCACCUUUACAGCCUGGAUCUGUUGGCAUUCCUUCAUUGCAAGGCCCCAGUAGCCUGCCACUGGGUGGUAAUUUGGUGGCUUCAUCGUCUGGAUUAAAUGUAGCAGGAGCUUCAAGGGAUAUGCAGCGAUUUUCAUCAGGAAGGCCUAUUUCUGUUAAAAUGGAUGAGCAACAACAACGGAUGCAACAGUAUAAUCAACUGAUCGCCGCAAGAAACUUGCAGACUCCUGGUGUUUCCAUGUCAGCAAGUCUUCCAAUGGGCUUACCUAACUCAAAUGAUCGGGGGGUUCGGAUGCUGCCAGGAGGGAAUGCUGCAGGAUUGAUGCCUGUGCUUAAUAGAGGCAUGCCAUUGCCCAGGCCUGGAUAUCCGGCAAUUGGACCACCUGGAAUUAUGAGUUUGGGUUCUUCAGGAAUAAACAAUAUACUUCCUUGUAAUGGCGUUGGAUUGUCAACUACUGGCACAGUAACUUCUGGAGCUAUUUCUGGUCAAGGGAAUUUGAUCCCUCGAUCAAGAGAUUCUAUGCAGAUGAUGCGGCCUAGCCAGUCUCCAGAGGAUCAGCGACAGAUGCUAAUGCAAGAGCUUCAGAUCCAACCUGCUCAGGGAAAUGGUCAGGCUGCAGCUCCAUACAGUACAUUAAAUGGUUCUUUCUCUAACCAGAUGGCUUCUUCUCCAACCCAGAAUUACACUGGUCAGCAUCAACAGCAUCAGAUGCCACAGGGACAUAGUAAUUUGCAGAACUCUCAAUUGCAAAAUGCUAGCCAUAGUCAGGCUUACAUGCUUCAAUUGCAGCGUCAACGACUUAUGCAGCAACAACAUUAUGUUUCAAAUGGUUCACAACUGCCACAAUCACAGCCACACCCUCCACAAGCCAAACAUGCAAUAUCGACUGUCCCUAAUAACGCUCAUCAACAACAUUCUUUACCACAACAUGUGCUUCAGCAACAACAUACAGGUGCUCAACAGCAGUCAAAAACACAGUCACCCCCAACUUUGCAACAUCAAUCACCACAGCAAUCUGGCCCUUCUGCCAUGAAUACUUCUGUCUUACAAAGUGCACAGAAGCGGCAACCGAGUCUCCCACAGACACAAGGACAAAAUUACCAGGGUGCUGGCCAGUCAAACCUAUUACAACAAAAUCAGAUGCAGAAGCAGCAUCAACAGCGACAACAACAACUAAAACACCAAGCACAGCCACAACAGCAACAAAAAAGCCAACUACAACAAGGUCAGCAGCAGCAGCAGCAAAAUAGAGUGUCGAAAGGUUUGGAGAGGGGAGGCAUGAUAAUGCAGAAUAUUUCUGCAGAUAUCAGUCAAGUUAAUGGACCUCAAGGGCCUGUACCUGGAAAUCAACACCCUGAAAAGGAUCAAAUGGUGCAAUUAGUACCUGGGCAAAGGGUAUUUCAUGGUCCUGGAUCACUUCAGCCAGGGAAACAGCUAAUACAGUCUGCAAUGUCAGGACAACAAGGACAAGUCCCUGGGCAGAUACCAGUGAGCUUGCCUCAGACUUUGGCCCUUUCCCAACAGCAAAAGGGAUUUAUGCAACAAUCAUCAUUAAAACAACAGCCUUCAGCUUCUUUAACCACAGACAACCAACAAGCAUCAGUUUCUUCUCCAAAUGCGGCACAAUUGCAGCAACAGAUGCCUUCCUGUCAAGCACAAUCAUGUUCUGUUCCCAUGUCAUUAUCUUCAUCGUCCCAACAACAAAGACAGUCAAUUCAAUCUCAGCAGCUUGCCCAUCGAAAGCUACCUCAUCGCCAGUCUGGAUCUGAUGUUGGAUUGCAACCUCCACCUCAGCCCAGCAAGAGCUGUGUGCCACAACAGGAUCAGGUUUCAUCUCAGCUGUCAUCUCAACAAGGGCAUUUAACAUUUCAGGUUGGAUCCAAUGUGGGAGGUCCUUUAAGUACAGUAUCUGCAGGUCCUGCUGCAUCUCUUUCCGAUGCUGUUCAUUCAAACAAUAAUGUUGUAAAUUCAGUACAGUGGAAAGCAGGGGCUCAAACAACAAGCAUGCCUUACAGCUUAAAUAAUCACAAUGGUGUUUCGGGUACCCAGAUAUCUCCCACUGUCAGCACAUCUGGGAUGUUGAUCACCUCAACAAAUGGAAAUGCUGCGGUAUCAACAACCACUUCAUCUGGUAUAUUAGCUUCUGGAACAAAUAUUGCAGGACUUCCCCAACGACAGUAUACUAGUUCAAUUGGUCAAGUUCAUGGGCACAAUGCUGGAUCCCAUACAGCAAUAGGGCCAAGGCCACCAGUGCAACAAAUAGGUGUUCAGUGGCAGCCCCAGCAAACAAUGUCUCAACAACAGCAGCAGCAACGGCAAACUCACAAUGGGAUACAGAGUUCUAUUCAUAAUAGUUUAGGAAGUGGAUAUAUUGACCCUCCAACUUCUGGACCAAUGUAAAUGAGAUUGGGAGCUGGUCUGGGUGCUGAGCUUCAGUAUCAAGGAAGUUCUUUAUCUAAGACAGGUGAUCCACAUUGUGGCCCCAAGCAUAUGUACCAUAUUGUACAGCUAAGGCUAGCACAUGUUCAACAUUUUCUUUGGAGGAGUUCACAGGCAACAAUUACCAGUUCUGCUACAGGCACUGUUUUCAGGACUUUUUUGCAGUAAUGGGAUGCUGUAUUUCUGUCAUUCUUUGUAUCUUAAGUUGAACUUAAUCUGGUCGAAUAGGACUCCUGUAAAGAUGCACCCUUUUUGUAAAGAUGUAUCCUCAAUUGGAUGCAGAUUGGAUUAAGCCAGGAUUUGACGCUCUUUGAAGUCUACAUGAGGCAAGGUGAUAAGAGUCCUUGGCAGUUGGGUUUUACCUGUUGUUUGUCUCUCCGAAGUUAUGAUUUGCUAAAUAGUUUUCUGCAUACAAGUUUCUGGUUUUACGUGAUUUUAACAUAUCAUUUCAAGCGUAUUUGUCCGUAGGUAGUAUUAUACUUCUAUCUAGAAAACAAUUUUAAUUACCGACGAAUGUAACAUCUUUGUCCCAAAAAUUGAGACAUUGGUGCAAAACUAACAUAACAACAUAACGACAAUGCAGAGAGUGGCAAGAUGUUUGAUUUUUGCAUAACAAGACUUGAAAGUAACGCUUUCUUAUUCUUA